CAGGGGAUCUUCCCAACCCAAGAAUCAAACCCGUGUCUCUUGUGUCUCCUACAUUGGCACGUGGGUUCUUUACCACUGAGCCACCUGGUUAGCCCCUUCUGUAAUCUCAUUCAUUUUACUUGAUGUAGAGUUGAGAAGAAAGGAAUUGAAUUGGCCCUGAUGGCUCUUUCUUUACCUACUGCUUACAGAUUCUGAGUGUGCUUAGAGGAAGAACAGGUUGGUAUUAGCUUUGUAGACAGCGUUAAGGUGGGGGGGUUCUUUGCAAGGGGUUCCCUCUCUACUGAAGUUCUUUCUUAUGCAUGGGUCUCUAUGAAGAAAAUGAGAGCUCAGGAGACCAUGUGUGCUUUGCUAUUUCUCAGCUUAUAAAUUCUUCUAUGAUGAACACUUUAUUUGCCCCGUGUGGCACUAGUGUGGUGUGUGUGUGUGAAUAUGAACCUCUUUUGCACUCUAGUUGAUGAGCAUGAAGGGAAAUACUGUAGUCUAUCCUAAUGUUAUAUGUUUUGGGAAGCAGCAAAAACUGCUGUCUCUCUUUCCACCAUAGGAAACAGUCCCUCAAAGGCCUAGAAGAGGUGUGGUCACUGGGUAAGUGGAUGAGUGCCCUAAGCAGGUAGGGUUUCCAUAGUGUCCACUGAUGUGGAGGCAAAUCUUCUGUGAAUGUGUUUGUUAGAAUGUAUAAUAUAUACAUACAAUAAACACUUGGAAAGAUGGAGGAAAAGGGGUCAUAUGUUCUGUAAAUUCUCUGAAAUCUAACCUUUGAAAGUUUUAAAGCAGCCAAGUUAACAGUAUCAAUGGCAACAUUGCAGAAUCUUGAAGUGUAAUGUAAAGGAUUAUGAUGUAUGGGAAAUCCAAGUUGGAAUGUAACUGAAGUACAGAUGAAAUCAGUUUGCAGCUACUGAAAGUAGAGAGGAACAUACAAGUUGUUUAUUAGAAACAGAAAGAACCCGAGUAACAGGCUUGGAGAAAUGAAGCUAAAAGGAUUAGACACAGCUCCUAAAUAGAAGUGAAAGACCAAUGUGGUUUCAUGAAAUGGCUUCACAGCGGUCUUUCCCUGAAGACGACUUCAGUAUCUACUAUGUCCUUUCAGAGUGCACAGAUCACUAUGACCCGUGCCCAGUUAACGAGGCUGAAGAGAACCAGCCCCAUCUCCAGAGGGUGACUGGCCUGCGGAACCUGGGCAACACAUGCUACAUGAAUGCCAUCUUACAGUGUCUCUGCAGCAUCUCACCACUGGUGGAAUACUUUCUCUCGGGAAAGUACAUUAAUGCUCUUCAAAAGGACUGCAGUGAGGUUGCCACUGCCUUUGCAUAUGUGAUGACAGACAUGUGGCUUGGAGACUCUGACUGUGUCUCACCAGAAAUAUUUCGGUCAGCUCUUGGCAACCUCUACCCAGUAUUUAUGAAAAAGACGCAGCAAGAUGCUCAGGAAUUCUUGAUUUAUGUCCUGAAUGAACUUCAUGAAGCUCUGAAAAAGUACCACCAGAGAAAAGCAUAUGAAAAAAGAUCCAUUCCAAGAUGCUGCAGGAAAAUGAUUGCCAGUGAGUCCUCCAUCAUCACCCGGCUGUUUGAAGGGCAGCUCAGUUAUAGCAUCGUAUGUUUAAAGUGUGAGAACUGCACCUACAAGAACGAAGUUUUCACCAUCAUCUCCCUCCCCAUUCCAUCCGAAUACAAGUGCUCUCUUCAGGACUGUCUCCAGUGUUUUUUCCAACAAGACACAUUGACCUGGAACAACCAGAUUCACUGUUCCUUUUGUGAAACCAAGCAAGAAGCAGCUGUGAGGGCCACUAUUUCCAAAGCGCCAAAAACAAUUGUCUUUCACCUAAAAAGGUUUGACAUUCUGGGUACAAUGAAAAGGAAACUGAGGACAGAUAUUCAUUACCCGCUCACUAACUUGGACCUUACUCCUUACAUUUGUCCAAUUUUUCGGAAACAUCCUAAAUAUAACCUCUGUGCAGUGGUGAACCACUUUGGUGAUCUGGAUGGUGGCCACUACACUGCUUUCUCCAAGAACUCAGUGACCCAGGCCUGGUACAGCUUUGAUGACACACGAGUCAGUGAGAUUCCAGAUACUUCAGUCCAAACUGCUGCAGCAUAUCUCCUGUUCUACAGCUGUCAGCCCUUUUCUAUACCUACACAAAAAUGCAAGACCUAAGAAAAUGGUGUUUCCUGAAAACCGCAAAACUAGCAGUGAGAACCUGGUACUUAAGUUUUGCUUUGUCAUUAAAAGUCUUGCAACUUACUUG